UCAGUCCCCCCCCCCCCCAAUAUCGCUACUCAUGGCGGUCAACCGAUCAAAUAACCACUUCACCAAUCAAUAAUUAAAAAAGAAGAAGCCGCCUUUUUAAUUUUCACUUCGGUUGUUUUACUUUAAUUACUCCGCCGCCGGCGUUCAACGUCGAUUACUCGACUGCUAGUGAUUUGGUUAUUUUUUCCAAAGGGCGGUUUAAGGCUUCAGGUUUUGCGGAGAAUGGGAGGAAGUCGGAGUUACUCAGCGAAUCCUAGCGAUUACAAGCUUCUAGAAGAGGUUGGUUAUGGCGCCAGUGCUACUGUUUAUAGAGCGAUCUUCCUUCCUACUAACGACAUCAUAGCUGUGAAAUGCUUGGAUCUCGAUCGUUGCAACAGUAAUCUGGAUGAUAUACGCCGGGAAGCUCAAACAAUGAGUUUGAUUGAUCACCCAAAUGUUAUUUGGGCAUAUUGUUCUUUUGUGGUUGACCAUAAUCUUUGGGUAGUCAUGCCUUUCAUGUCAGAGGGUUCCUGUUUGCACCUCAUGAAGUCAGCAUAUCCAGACGGUUUCGAAGAGCCUGCUAUUGGUUCUGUUCUGAAAGAAACUCUCAAAGCUCUGGAUUAUCUUCAUCGACAAGGACAUAUUCAUCGGGAUGUUAAGGCUGGAAAUAUACUGCUUGAUAACAAUGGCACAGUAAAGCUUGCUGACUUUGGUGUUUCAGCUUGCAUGUUUGAUGCAGGAGAUAGACAACGUUCUAGAAAUACCUUUGUUGGGACUCCUUGCUGGAUGGCACCAGAGGUCUUGCAGCCUGGAAGUGGAUAUAACUCCAAGGCUGAUAUAUGGUCUUUUGGUAUAACAGCAUUGGAGUUGGCUCAUGGUCAUGCACCUUUCUCAAAAUAUCCCCCAAUGAAGGUUCUCUUGAUGACAAUACAAAAUGCUCCUCCAGGACUUGAUUAUGAUCGUGAUAAGAAGUUCUCUAAGUCUUUCAAAGAAAUGGUUGCAAUGUGCCUGGUGAAAGAUCAAACAAAGAGGCCGACUGCAGAGAAAUUAUUAAAACACUCCUUUUUCAAGCAUGCAAAGCCUCCUGAGCUCUCUGUGAAGAAAUUAUUUGCUGGUCUGCCACCACUUUGGAAUCGUGUGAAAUCCCUUCAGCUUAAAGAUGCUGCACAACUAGCUCUAAAGAAAAUGCCUUCAGCAGAACAAGAAGCUAUAUCACAGAGCGAGUACCAAAGAGGAGUUAGUGCCUGGAAUUUCGAUAUUGAGGAUUUGAAAGCGCAAGCAUCUCUGGUGCGUGAUGAUGAUGAUAUUCAUGAGUGCAAAGAUGAUGAUGAAAGCAUGAAAUCAAGCUUUGGUCAUAAGGCUGAAGCUUACUGUGGAUCUGGUUUGGGAACAUUGAAUUUAAGUAGGGAAGUAUCUCAGUCUGAAUUUGGAGAACCAAUGACCAUUGACUUAUUACAGUCUGAUUGCUUGAAUGGAAAGGGAAAGAACCCAGAAUGUGAUAUAGUUGAGGCUGGCCUGCACGAGAAGGGUUUGAGGAAAAAUGGUUCAGGCAUUGAUAUUAUGGCAUCAACUUCAGAAAAGGAUGUGGUCAUGACCGGGGCUAAAUCAGUGAAACCUAGGCAAACCCAAAGUGGGCCACUCACACCUGGUGCUAUUCUUAAUCAUUCAUCUUCUGAGCGGGUUCAUAACUCAGAAAGGUUUGAAAAUGAAAUUUCACAAGUGAAUGAGAGAGUUUGCCUAGUUCGUAAAGCACCAAGCUUUAGUGGUCCGUUGAUGCUUCCUACUCGAGCAUCUGCAAACAGUUUAUCAGCUCCAAUUAAAUCAUCUGGAGGGUUUAGGGAUUCUCUGGAUGACAAGUCAAAGGCUAAUCUGGUGCAAAUAAAAGGUCGAUUUUCAGUAACAUCUGAAAAUUUAGAUCUUGUAAAGGAUAUUCCUCUAAGUUCAGUUUCGCGCCGGUCGUCACAGACUUCGCCUCUCAGAAAGUCUGCUAGUGUAGGUGAUUGGAUACUUGAAUACAAACAAGCGCCUAACAAUCAUUCCCCCAAGGAUUUGACCAAUGGUAACAUGCCCACCUCAAUUGUUAUGAGUCACCUUCAGAAUCUUUUCCAGCAAACCUCUGCUCAACAGGAUCUUAUUGUGAAUUUGUUGAAUACAUUGCAGCCAGCUGAGUUUGUAGAUGCCGCUCAAAAUGGAAAGUUGCCUCCUCUACCUCGUUGUUCUGAGAGCAAUGGAAAUGUGAAAACAGCAGCCUCUGAGAGGGAGCGUUUACUGCUUGGCAAGAUCUCAGAGCUACAGUCGAGAAUGAUGAGUUUGACUGAUGAAUUGAUUGCUGAAAAGUUAAAAUAUGAUCAAUUGCAACAACAACUUAGGUUGAUGUCUGGUGGGGAAGAGUGGGAUUAGAAGGGAAGGUUAUGCAAGAAAGCUGUGACAACCACUGUACAGUAAACUCCCAAUGUAUAAUUGGGCAAAAGAUGUAAAGUAGGCAGGUGAAGUUGUAUUCCGCCAUUGUUUGCCUAAUGCCUAUGAGCCAUCGACAACGUUAGAACAGUAGAAGGCUUUGAUCUGAUACAUCCCUUUGCAGAUUUCAGCUUCUUCAAUGACAAAUAAGCAAAUAUUAUGGGUGCAUGAGGAUGCUUGUACUUGAAUAUUUCAUGUAAAAAAAAUGAUGUUCCAGUUCCAGAGCCAGAAUCAUGGAAUUAGCAUAGAAAGGUUAGAUUUAUGAGUUUUGGUUGUGUCCAGAAAAAGCUGAGUAUCAUAUUAAGUUAUUUAACAACCAAGUUGGUGUUUUUUCGAAGCUAUCAUGGGAUGUUGAACCAGUAUAGUAUAUCUUUUUUUAUAUUUAUUAUAUAUUUCGACAUUGUAAUUUUUAGGACUAUGAAUGCCAUUGCUAACAUUUUUUAAA